UACUCACUGCUCCCACAGUCUCAUUCCAAACCAACCAACCAACCAACCAAGCUCCGACGACUACCAUGGUUUGCUUUUGCUUUAUGGUGGAUCAGAAGCGGAAGGUGCGGCGGAGCAGGCCGGCGCCUGGAAUUUGCUCCAGGUGCGGCGGAGGAGCCAGUGUAGCCGAUAUGAAAACCGCCACUAGAUUCUGUCACGUUCCCUUUUAUUGGAAAUCCUGGAGAGCACUCAUCUGUACCUUUUGUGGAUCUGUUCUUCGAUCCUAUCGCUAAUUUAUUUGUUUCCUUCCAUUUGUUCAAUGUUUCUUGACACUAAUUUUAAUUAAUUUAGUAGGUUGUGUUUAACUUGCCUUACUUUUAGUCGGAAUUUGUUCAAUCAUUCAUUUUCUCUGCUUUUAAGUGGGGAAAGAAGAAGAAUGUCCACAACCACAAGAAUCUUAGAGGUUGAUUGAUUAUUAAUGUUGAAUCUUGUUUAGUUCAAUUAUUUAUCAAUUUUCAUGGGCUUUAUUUGACUUUGUCGUCAAAUAUUUUCAA